AAAUGUUAUUGUUGAGCAAUUUUUAAAGUUAUUACUACUUAAAGUGGUUGUAACAAACACCCUGCUAAAUAUGAUACAGCAGCAAAAACAAGCACCCUUCUCCAAAUCAAUAUGGUCUAUUCCUAAUGGUGAUUAUAUAACACUUCCAUUUAAUUGUGACAUACUGUAGAAAUAUUUCAUGUUAAAUACAAAACAUUGGGACCCUUAGCACCUUUGUGGUGCUGCUAUCCUUCAAGUGCCAAAAAGGUGGGUUGUUGCUUUUACUGCAUGGCUCUGCCCUACUGGUUAAAUUAGCACAUUGCACUUUGGAUUAAGCAGUCCUGGUUAAAUUAGCACAUUGCACUUUGGAUUAAGCAGUCCUGGUUCAAGUGCUACCCAGCUGUUAAGUUCUUGGGCAACUACACCUAACACUCAUAGUGCCUUCCUUCACCCAGGAGUUAAAAUGAAUACUACUGGCAACAUUAUGUAGACUAUAUCAUCUAACUUACCUGUGACAAUGAUCUUGUUUUCUUUCCUAUUUUUCAGAUGUCAUUAAGCAAACCAGUCACUAUCGCUGACAUCAAGUCUUCACCUGUCCCUAACUCUCCUCAACGAUGUGCAAAGAAGCUCACAUGUGCUGUCCUCAACAAAAGCCCACUAAGACCAAUCAAAAAUGGUUCUAUGUUCUCCUUGAAUCUAUGUGAUAAAGACCCAUCAUCCACAAUCAGAGCCGUCUGUUUCAACACAGACCUGUUCUCCAACUUUGAAACGGAUGUAACAUAUGAUCUUGAAUCAUUCAAGGUGAAGAAAGCAUUUGGCAAUUCGAGCUCCCUGGAACUACUACUUGACAACGACACCAAAGUUUCCACUGCAGCAUCACAACUCAAGAUCACAGACCAUACUUUCAACAUCUCCCAGAUCCUUAGAGAGGAAACUGAGAAUAUCAGAUUUAUCAACCUGAAAGCAAAAGUAACAAGUAUUGGGGAUUCAAUCUCGGUUGGCACAUACCCCGACAACAAGUCAAAGAGAAGCAUUUUCCUCGCAGACAAUACUGAGCACAUUGAACUUGUUUUGAGGAGAGAACGAGCAGAAACCAUACAAUUCAAAGAAGGCGAUGUCCUCAGCCUGCAAAAUGUGGUGUUGUCCACCUUCAAUAACCAACUCAGUGUCACAUCAACUUUUGAGACUGUCAUUACAACACUAAUGAAGAAAUGACAGUAGCCUCAACACAGCAUCCACUGCCGAAAUCUAAUGUCGUCUCUCUUCAGACCUUCAUUGUUGCUAUCAAAGAAUUUAUCUGCACAUACACCUGCAUUGACUGCAGGAAACAGAUCGACCCAGGCGCAUCCACAGAGAGUCCAACAAUAACAUGUCCAACAUGUUCUACCAUGUUCUUAAAGGAAAGUACACAGAUAAGCAACCACUGCAUGGUCCGCCUAAACAACAAGCAAUAGUUUUCGGCACAUACAGGAGUAAGUGUCUGUUUAUUUAUGUAAACGACAGUAUUAGGUAUCCCCCACUCAUACACUUUAUACCACUUGCAAAAAUUUACAUAAUUUUCAAAUUUCUAAAAACCCUGCACAAACACACUUUAUAACACAACUAACACAGUUGACAGGGCUAAUAAUCAUGAAUCUAUCUCCCCAUAUUAGGAUUUUGUUCUUAAUACUAUAGUACACUAUACUAGCAAUGCACAGGGUUGGACAUUAGCUAGCUCUCCCCCCUUGCCCAGACGAGUGUCAAAACAUCUAAAGCAAAUACAAAUUUUAGAUUUUUUAUUGCAUUACAUAUCAUUAAAGACACUCGCCACUUGCUGUCAAAAUUACAUGUAAGUUUCCAUCCCUAAUGAUGCAUUCUAACCAUAAUAACAUCUUUUAGUACCCUCCUUCCAAUAAGCACCCCCAUUAUGGAAGUACUUCCCCUUGACUGUCAUCUUGUUAUUCCAAUAACCAAAAUGAUUUACUACCAUAAACAGACUGUCACUAGAUUAUGACAUUUAAUAACAACCAUUCCUAAAUCACAACAUUUUAUUUUAUUUUCAGGUCAUACAGCAUCUCUUCAAAUGGCAGGAGCCAAAACCCAAGCCAACAGAACAAGACAUAGUAAAUCUACUAAGCACUAAGUUCACACUGAGAGUGAAUCUCGACCCAAAAAUAUUGGAACACCCUGCACCAGCAGACACCGACACUCACCCUGAGCCAGAAGAAGAAGAAUCAAACUCCAAAAAAGUUAAAACAGCUUAAGUAACUUGAUUUAGAACAGUGGUCUUGAGUUUAUUCUCUUAACACAGACACAAGAUCAUCUAAUAACAUGUUUGAAUAUCAAAGUACUUGGUUUAUGUAAAGUAUUUCAUUAAUGCCUUACCAAAUUGUUAUCACAUUUUAUUUGUUGUUUUACAAGAGAUUCAUACAUUUAUAAAAUGAAAAAAAAGUUAAAACAGCUUAAGUAAUUUGAUUUAGAACAGUGGUCUUGAUUUAUUCUCUUAACACAGACACAAGAUCAUCUAAUAACAUGUUUGAAUAACAAAGUACUUGGUUAAUGUAAAGUAUUUCAUUGAUGCUUUACCAAAUUGUUAUCACGUUUUAUUUGUUGUUUUACAAGAGAUUUAUAUAUUUAUAAAAUGAAAAAAAAGUUAAAACAGCUUAACUAUCUUGAUUUAGAAUAGUGGUCUUGAUUUUAUUCUCUUAACACAGACACAAGAUCAUCUAAUAACAUGUUUGAAUAACAAAGUACUUGGUUAAUGUAAAGUAUUCGAUUCAUGCUUUACCAAAUUGUUAUCACGUUUUAUUUGUUGUUUUACAAGAGAUUAAUAGAUUUAUAAAAUGAAAAAAAAGUUAAACAGCUUAAGUAACUUGAUUUAGCACAGUGGUACUGAUUUUAUUCUCUUAACACAGACACAAGAUCAUCUAAUAACAUGUUUGAAUAACAAAGUACUUGGUUAAUGUAAAGUA